GGUCAUGACGUCAUCUUAAGUUUCUUGAUAUCAGAAACAAGUCCAAAAUUCUACUCAAAUAAGGCAAAUAAAUCAUACUUUUAGACGUUUAAACAGCGUUUGGAUGUCAUAUUUGGAGAGAUGACGAGAAGUAACCUACUAGAGGACUAGAAUAUAAAUGAAGUAACACCCAAGGAUUGAUUCAGUUCAAGUGCAAAAUUGCAAUGUGAAGAAAUAGGACAUCAACAUUAGGGCACAAUGAAAGUCACAUCUAUUGCUGUAUUCCUUCUGUAUGUCUGCAGUAUGGUUGCCAUUCUGUCUUGCUUACAAGGUGUCCAUGGAGAUCUAUGUACAGAUUAUGAUGAGAAAGAAUUGACAGCUGCCCUGCAUAUGAAAGUCACCCCUAAAGGAGGCAUGUACGCAGGAAAAUACAGCAAAGUUCCAGAUGCCCAUGACUUAACACAAUGUGUAAAAAGCUGCUGUGGAAGUCGAACUUGUAAUACUGUUUUUCUCCAUGAUGAAACAUGUUUCCUCAUUGCCUGUAACACCACAAACCCAGAGGCAUGUAGCCCGAUGGAACGAACUGAGGAUAGAUUCUCAGGCAGUUUUAUGGUGGAACUUAGGACCAUAGAUGAGACUAACCCCGUAGUGCACACGCCAAACUAUGCUGUCAAAGAGGACUGUGAUCCAGAUGCAGAUGUGAUAGGAUGUGACAUCAAUGAGGUCUGCAAACUUCAGCUGACAACAUCUGUGAUUGGAUAUGUCUGUGUAUGCAAGGAGGGGUAUGCUGUUGAUCAGAUGACAGGUGCAUGUUCUAGAGAAUUACCUCAGAAGCGCCCCAGUGAUAUGACAUGUGAGAUAGGGAUCAUAGAGGACUGUUUACAAUAUGAGGAAUGCAUGCCUACCAGUCUCAGGAAAAGAACUGGCUUCUGUGAAUGUAUUGAGGACUAUCAUCGUGAUAAAGAUACAGGUUUUUGUGGAAAAGAGUCAGAAACCAGAGAGCAGAUGGAGGGAUCUAUUCAAGAAGCUUCAAUGGAUUUGCCUACCAAGAAGAAAACAGACAUCCAAGACAGAACUUUAACAACACCAACAACAACAAGAACAACAGCAGACAAAGAAAAAACAACAACAACCAAGAAACCAAGUGUAACUGAUCAAGUUACGGAAGUAUUAACGGAGAAGAUUGCACUUGAAAAUAUGACUGCAUCUACCGAAGGUAGUCUCACAAAUGAGUCUAGUACUUCUACCACCGUGCAUAGUGCUUCUAUGAUUGUGACCAGUACCUCUACAAGCUUGCCAAGCUCAUCUAGUGUUAUAAUUACUACAUCACCUACAGCUGUACCCAAGCAUUCUACAACAUCUACAUCUACAACUGAUCCAAAGCAGCCUACCUCAGCAACUGCAACACCUGAAGUUGAGGCAUUAGUCGUGUCUGCAGGGGAAGAUAAAGAGAUCCAGUUGCCCACCAACGACAUCACACUCUCAGCUUAUGUCAUAUCUAAGUCUGAUACUGAGGCUGAUACAGAGAAGUACAAGUAUGAGUGGUCCAUCAUAAGUCACCCAGAUAGUAGUGAAAUAGGGAAUAUGGUGGGACAGAACUCUGCAACCCUUCAGCUAAAGAAUUUGAUAGCUGGCCUGUACCAGUUGAAAGUUAGUGUCUCUGCACAAGACAAGUUUGGGGAUGCUACAGUAAAUGUAACAGUGAAACCACCUGCCAGGAUCAACAAGCCUCCAGCUGCUGUAGCUAAGCCUGCCUUCCAAGAAGUAAAGCUUCCCAAUGAUGCAGUCAUUGAUGGCUCAGAGUCAACUGAUGAUGAUGGUGUCACCACCUAUCUGUGGGAGGAGGUAGAAGGGCCUAUAAGGGAGGACAAGAUCAGUUCCAAUAAACCUAUGCUAGUCAUGAAAGACCUGAAGCCUGGCAAUUAUAAAUUCAAACUUACAGUCACUGACACAGAUGGCGCCUCCAACUCAACAGUCGCUGAACUAACUGUAAUUAAGGAGACUGACUAUCCCCCCAAAGCUAAUGCUGGAUCCAAUGUAAUCAUCAGCCUUCCCCAUAACAAGGUCACUCUCUAUGGUAAUGCAUCUACAGAUGAUAAAGGCAUUGCAACCUAUGAGUGGAUCACCAAAAGUGAUGAUGAUUUAACUGCUGAUAUAACUGGAGUGAGAACACCAUUCCUUCACCUGUCCAACCUGCAGGUUGGGGACUACACCUUCACUCUCAAGGUGACCGACACAGCAGGACAAACUUCAACUGCUGAUGUCACUGUGUUUGUUAAACCAGAGAAAAAUGUAAAGCCCUUUGCCGACGCUGGUCAAGACCAGACGAUUUUAUUACCAUUAACAUCUGCAGUUUUGGAUGGCUCGAAUAGCUCUGAUCAGUCCAGUAUUUCUAGAUAUAUUUGGAAGCAGAAAAGUGGUCCCAAGGGUGCCACAUUAGAGAAUGCAGAUAGGGAGACAGCCAGCGUGUCUGACCUGGUUGAGGGGAUCUAUGAAUUCACCCUGACAGUCUUUGAUGAGGAGGACCUCCAGGACACUGAUACUGUCAAAAUCACAGUCAAACCAGAUAUUAACAAACCACCUGUGGCAGUUGCGGGUUCAGAUCAGCGAGUGUCCAUGAGCCAGAAGCUUGUAGCUAUAGAUGGUAGGGCUUCCAAUGAUGACAAGGGCAUUGUUUCCUAUAAGUGGACCAGGGAUGACAACAGUUUAGCUGCUGGGGACGUUCUAAACAAUUCUGAUAGUCAAGCAGUGUUACAACUGGCCAACUUGGUGGAAGGUCGUUACAUCUUUACUCUUACUGUAGCUGAUAUAGAGGGCCAGGAGGACUCUGACUCAGCCUCUGUUAUUGUCAACCAUGAUGAUAAUUCUGAUAACCUGAUUGAGAUUCAGCUAGAGAGCAACAUUAAAGUAUUUUCAGAGGCAAAUAAAAAAACACUAGCAGACCAGCUUGCCCUACUGAUCCAUUCUGCUAAACCUGAGGGAGAUGUGCAGGUCAGAAUACAACAUCUUGGCCAAGAUGAACACACAGGGAGAUUAACUGUAAAAUUCUAUGUAGUUACACAUUUAAAAAAUGUAGAUAUUUACCACAAUGGUGUAGAGGCUGUAAAAGUUCUAAAAAGAAAGUUGAAAUCUAAUGGGAAUGUGUUAGAUUUUAAUGUGCAGUCUGUAGAUACUGUAGUGUGCCAGAAUAAUUGUUCUGGCCAUGGGCACUGUGAUCAGUUCACCAAGUCCUGUGUAUGUGAGGCCUUUUGGAUGGAGAACUUUAUUAAAGCACAACUAGAAGAAAGCAACUGUGAUUGGAGUAUUUUAUAUGUAAUUAUUGUGUCAUUUAUAAGUGUGAUAACAUUUGCUGGAGUUGUAUGGGGUGCAAUCUGUCUCUUUAAAAGAUGUAAGCUAAAGCCAAGCAGGAGAAAACAUCGGUAUAAACUACUAGAUGAAUAUAGUGAUAGGGAAAAUAUACAAAUGGUUCCUAAAAAUAACAACUACAGAAAGCGAAGAAAAUCUCGCAAAGCCAAUAGUUCAGGUGACAACAGUGAAACCACACGUCUCACUACAUCCUCAACAUGCAUGAUGAACGGAUCAGUGGAGGGACGAGUGGCUCAUGACAGACUUAACCCGAGUAUUCUCGAUGAGUCAGAGCAUGAUCUCCUAAGUGACAUUGAUGGCCAGAAAUCUGCAACUGAAGAGUCCUGGUUUAUUAAUGUUAAACCACCUCCGAGGUGGUAGAUCACAGAUAUGUUAAACCUCCCUUUAAUUGGUGGAUAACUUGUUAAUCAAAAUAAUUUAGAAAUCACAAUAUGAUUUAAUUUGUUAAACUUGUUCAAAUGGGUGAAUCCCAUUUGUAUUAUUGAACCUUACUUAAGGUGGUGACUGGAGAUGAUUUAUUAAUAAAAAAACCUCAAGGUUGUUAAUCACUCAAUGAUAUGUUAUUAUUAAACCGCACAUAAGGUGAUAACCACAAUGUCAAACUCCCAUCGAGGAGGAAGGCUUAGGCAUAGUUUAAACAGGGUUUUUGUUGAUUUGUCAGAAUCUUUUAGUAUUGUCCAAAUUUUGAGAUUAUCCUGCAAAUGGUAAACUAAGUCAACUUGAUGUGUCUGUCUACAUCCACAACAUUUUUAUAUGAAGCUGUAUAGCUUUAUAGAAUUAAGUAUAUUUUUAUCCCAUCGAAAGAAGUUCGGAGGGAUACAGGGAAC